AUGCAGAUCCCUCUACAAAGUGGUAUUGAACCAAAUGAUUUCAAAAAACAUAAUUUAUGUGUUCCUCAACAUGAGUUAAUUAAAUGUACUGUUAUUGGAGUUCAGUGUGUUGUAUGUAGUUUUCCAGUUGCAGGAGAAUCUUUUAAAUGUCGUAUUUGUGGAGCUAAAAUUCAUCCAUCUUGUAAAGAUAAUUUUGUUAUUCCAUGUCAUAGAGAAGAGAAGGCAUUUGUUACAAGUGGAUUAAUUAACCACUUCCAUCAUUUAGAAAUUACUACUUUUUCAUCUCCAACAUAUUGUCAAAUAUGUGAUGAACUUUUUGUUGGAUUUGUUCAACAAGGAUAUCGAUGUAGUUUAUGUGGAAUAACUUGCCAUAGUAAAUGUCUUAAGUAUGUUAAUGCUAAUUGUAAACCGUAUAAAGGAGAAACAGGGUUUUCACAUUGUUUUUGUAAAGGUGUAUCUGUUGGUGUAAAAUGUAAUAUUUGUUCAUCUCCAUUAGUGGGAGGGUGUACGGGUGGAUUAAAAUGUAGUUGGUGUGGGUUAGUUUGUCAUCAGUGUUGUGUAAGAAAAGCACCAAGGCAAUGUAGUUAUGGUGUAUUAUCACAUAUAAUUAUUCCACCAGAUUAUGUUGAAGAAAAUGAUAGAAUGAAGUUAAUAGAAAAUUAUGUUCCUAAAGUAAUUGCUGUUAACAGUAAAUCAGGAGGUCAAACUGGAAAAAGUGUUAUUCAGUAUUGUCUACGACUUCUUAAUCCACUCCAAGUAUUUGAUAUUCUUAAUGGCUGGGAUCUUCUUUUUGAAUUUGUAGAAAAGUAUCAUGACAACUUUACAUUAAUUGUUGCAGGAGGGGAUGGUACAAUGGGAUGGGCUAUGAAUGAAUGUAAGAAACAUAAUGUAUCUCCACAACUAGUUCCACUUCCAUUAGGAACAGGAAAUGAUUUAUCAAAUACACUUGGAUGGGGAAGUACAUUUGAUGGUGCUAUGGAAACAGUAAAAAAUUUACUUAUUAAAAUUGAUAAUUGUGCAGAAGUAAAACUUGAUAGAUGGAAAGUAAUUUCUGAAUCAGGAGGUGAUGAAAUUAUUUUUAAUAACUAUUUUUCAUUUGGAUUAGAUGCUGAUAUUGUUGCAGAUUUUCAUGCUCAAAGACAAGCAAAUCCAAAAAAAUUUGAUAAUGCACUCAAAAAUAAAAUGAAUUAUGGAUUGUCUUAUUUAAAUGCAGUUAAACAAUCUACACCUUUAAGUGAAUCAUUAACAUUCACCGUUAAUGGAAAACCACUUGAUAUAAGUUCAUUAAUAGGUAUUUGUUUUCUUAAUAUUCCAUUAUAUGGGGGAGGAGCUCACCCUUGGGGAGAGACUUCAGAACUUGAUAGGAUUAAAGGUUGGAAAUCUCCAAGUCAUGGGGAUCAAUUACUUGAGGUAUUUGGAUUUCUUGAUCCAAUUCAUGUUAUCAAGACAUUAGCAGGUAUUGUUCCAGGAACAAGAAUAACACAAUUAAAUUCUAUUAUAUUUAUCGUUGAAUCUGAUAGUGUCAAUUGUCAGUGUGAUGGAGAGCCAGUACGUUUAGAACAUGGAAAGUAUGAAAUUCAAUUUGAUUCACAAGUCCGAUUCUUACGUAAAUUUAAUUAA